UCAGUAGUAACGGGCUCGGUGUACUCAAAGCGACAAAAUGCGUACCGCAGUGUCAAGACUCGGUGUUAUUCUACUUCUGGGUGUCGUAGUGAAUGGCUCAUUAAAUGAUGAGUAUAACAGUGAUAAACGCUACCAUCCAAGGCUUCCCGAUGAGAACGUUCCCGUCCCGAAAGCAUCCCGAAAUGCCGAACAGGAGCAAACGAUUGAGUACUGGAGAAAUCAGGCAAAGGCUACAGUGGAUCAGCAGGUGACACGGUCGGAGAACACGAACAUCGCCAAAAAUGUUAUCAUGUUCCUGGGCGAUGGAAUGUCCAUCACUACCGUAGCGUUGGCAAGAAUUCAUGCUGGUGGUGAGGAGACUCCACUAUCCUUCGAAAAGUUCCCGUACAUAGGAAUGGCGAAGACGUACUGCGUCGACUACCAGGUACCGGAUUCGGCCUGUACAGCCACAGCUUUCUUGACUGGAAUCAAAGCCAAUAGGGCUACGAUCGGGGUGAAUGCUCAGGUGAAGCUUAGGGAUUGCGCAGCUGGUCUUAAUCGAUCACUGCAUACUACCUCCAUCGGUCAGUGGGCAAUUGACGCAGGAAAGGAUGCUGGAUUGGUAACAACGACACGUGUCACACACGCUUCUCCUGCGGGAGUUUAUGCACACACAGCAUUCCGGGACUGGGAAAACAAUUUCUACGUGAAAGCGGAUGGCUGUGAUACGAACCGUGUUGAUGAUAUUGCGGAACAGUUGGUGUACGGUGAGACUGGUGCUCGGCUGAAGGUAAUUAUGGGUGGCGGACGUCGUGAGUUUAUGGAUCGUGAAGCUCAUGAGGAUUAUGAGACGGGCAGCGGAGGAUACCGGUCGGAUGGGCGGCACUUAAUCAACGAGUGGCUCCGGAAUGGUCCUGUUGCAGAGAAUCGGACGUUUGUGUGGAAGCGAUCGGAUCUGCUGGCGGUGGAUCCUCACCGUACGGAUCGAUUACUAGCGCUGUUCGAACCAAGCCAUUGUGCUUACAAUUUGGACAAAAUUGAUAACAAUUUGGAUGAAGAGCCGACGCUAUCGGAGAUGGUGGAUAAAGCGACGGACAUGCUAAGCAACAGUCCGAAUGGAUUCUUCCUGUUCGUGGAGGGUGGCCGCAUCGAUCACGGACAUCAUGAAAAUAAGGCGCGAUACGCGAUUGAUGAAACGGUGGAGUUCGCCAAAGCGAUAGAGCUGGCUCGCAACAAGUUCAGUGAGGAAGACACCCUGAUCGUGGUAACUUCUGAUCACUCGCACACUGCCAGCUUCGCAGGCUAUGCGGAUCGUGGUAAUGAUGUAUUCGGGACGGCCGGUAACGGUGAUGACGGUUUGCCCUACAUGACGAUCAGUUACGCUAAUGGACCGGGGCAUGAAAAACAUGUUGAUGCGGAUACUGGCGCUCGGUUGGACGUACGCCAGAUGGAUCGAUCAAAGUCAAACUUUGUAUUCCCGGCCACGAUCCCGCUGAGCCUUGAAACACACGCCGGGGAAGAUGUGGCCGUCUACGCGUCUGGUCCAUGGUCUCAUCUGUUUACUGGUGCCUACGAACAAAACCUCAUUCCACACAUGAUGGCGUACGCUUCCUGCCUAGGGAAUGGAUUGAAGGCAUGUGAUUGAGCUGUGGUAUGUGAAAAUGUAAGUGGACGUGUAUUUAUUAUAAUGAUCAGGAUCUUUUUUGGGCACAACACGCCGGUGAAAGUUAAGAUAGGAAAAGAUAAACCUUUAAGACACGCGUUGAAGCACUAAACAUAGUUGCUGGUGUCUUUUGAACCUAUCAACAAUUUCAGACGAUUUUAACAUCAAAAUUCAUUUCAAUGGAGGCAUAAAUCUGAAAGUUAUUUUUUACAAAAUGAAGUUGCUUUUUAUCGUAUUAUACGCUACUAGACCUCGAGAUAGAAAAUUAAAAUGUCUUGUACAACUUAAGAUAAAAAAAAAUAAUAGCUUUUCUGUAACUAAUUUUUGGCACAAUUGCGUCCUUGCUAGCUUCUUUCAUGAUGGAAACAUAUUUGAUGGCCAAAUCAAACACGUGAAAGUAUUGUGUCGAUUACCAUUCAGCUAUUAAGGUACAUUAACAAUCCGAUCCAUCGUUUGUUCGAUUGUUUUAUCUGAUAUUAGAAUGCAAUUGCUGGACCCCGGGCCAUUCGAUUAUGCUUUACAAUGUUUGACUUUACCCGACGUCAGCAGUAAACUUUGCAGUUAAUCUCAAAAGAAAAAAAAAAACGCCAGACUACUCCCGAAUGCGUGAUAACGUGAUCACGUUUUUGACAACGCACUGUGCGCAUUGCUAACAAUCGAGGUCUGGCGAUAAAUCCGCCGACGGGUCCAAAAAACCUGCAAAUCACCCCCAAGGAUGGUUGGCCAGGGUC